UUUAAUAUGGAGACGAUGGAAGUAAAAAAGAAAGCUAGGGCACAAAAUUGGACCGCUGAGGAAGAAGUUCUGUUAAUAGAGGAAGUGAAAGCGAGAGCAGAAAUCCUCUUUGGACCUCUGAAGGGUUGUGGAAAGUCCGGAAAGAUUAAAGAAAUAAAAGACAGAGAAUGGCAAAUGGUUGCUGACAAGUUAAAUUCACAAUUCGACAACAAGAUGAGAGGUCUGGAGGAAGCGAAGAAAAAAUAUUACAACAUUAAACAGAGAAGCAAAGAAAAACUUGAUUCAGUCAAAAAGCCCAAGACAGGAGGAGGUCCACCCCUCCCACCACUAACACCUGGGGAAGAGACUUUUCUGAACUUGUCAGUAGGCCAACCAAAUGUCCAUGGUUUAAAUGGAGGUGUUGAUUCUGAUGAGCAGCAGAUUACCAACUCCAUUCAAAAUGAAAACAAUACUUUCUGGUGAAAAGCGGUAUCUUUGGAAGAUUUCGUCCUCCUCCAGACUCUCAAGAGGAUUACUAAGGUCCCGAAAUACCCGAGGUCGUCUUAAAAUGCGCUGAUUUUGUCUCCUCUGACGUCUGC